AUGGAGAUGACACGAGACCCUAAUGGCGCGAUGAACCCAUCCGCUAUACCCUUCAUUCCACUUGCUUCUCCUCAACCGAGCUUUGCUACACGCCGUACCAGAAAGACUCGCUCAACUGCACGAAUUGCGAGAUAUGAGAGGGUGGAUGCUCUGUCAUCUCGAGGCCAGACAUCCGGUCCCACGACUUCAACUUCUGAUCGAUCCGUUGGCCAUACCACCACUUUGUCUCAGCGUAAUGCUGAAGCUUCAGAGAAGGCUUCUUCUGGCCUCAAAAGUGAUCAAACAAAGGAAGAAGGCAGCUCUGCUGCUAGCAACAGUAUCAUCACAAGCUCGGGCCCAAACAUCGGCAACGAACGAGCCCCAGAGCUUCUUGAGGCUAAUGUCCCUCAAGCGUAUCGCGUAUCCGGUGGAAAGAUUGCAUCAGACACAAAUGAGGGCGCUGUCCCAGGCAAUGUUCGCUCCCACAGCCAUGCAAACUGA